AUGAAGUGCCUUUGCCUCCUCCUGGCUUCCGCGGCCCUGGUACACAGUUAUGCCAUCAAGGACAAUGAAAUCGAAACGACCCGGUUGAGAACUAGUGACGACCUCCUGGAUAGUGUUAUAAGUGAUUGUUUCGAAGCCAGCUCACCGAUGUCCUGUCUCAAAGUGAAAGUCCUGUCGUUCCUCGAUACUAAACUCGGCGUGAGCACGGAAUCAGCGAGAGCUUUGGAAGAGAAGAACAUCGAUAAAGUUAUCUUCGACAGAGUUGGAAGGAUCUUAAACACCAACGAGUUCAGAUUGCAACUGCCCGAGUUCCUCUUCCAGAGUGCAGAGGUCACCUACCGCGCUGACAGAGGAUUAGACGUCGAAUUCCCCGAAGGAAAUUCGGAAAAUGGCGAAGCUCGAGGCAUCUUGAAGAAGAAGCUCCUGCUGCCAGUCCUCCUCCUCUUGAAGCUGAAGUUGAAAGCGCUGAUGCCUAUUUUGGUGACUAUCGUUGGACUCAAGGCUGUGAAGGCCCUUAUUCUUAGCAAACUUGCUAUUACUUUGGUCCUUGGAUUCCUGAUCUACAACUUAGUGAUGAAGAAAGGAGGUAUGCCUAUGAUGAUGAUGACACCGACGGAAGCUCCUCCAGCGUCUCAAUAUGGCCCGCCUGCAUCUCAGUACGGACCUCCAUCCACGCCUGCCGCUCCACAAGACUCCUACAGUCCUCAAUGGGAGCCUGCCAGCUCCGGACCGUACUCCCGAGUUUGGGAUCCAUCUCAACUGGCCUAUAGCUCAUACUACCCGAGCGAUUCGAGCGCUUCGGCCGCCUCUAACCAGUCUCCUAGUUACUCGAGCGUUGCGUCGAUUUCAUCAUCUUCCUCGUCCUCCUCAUCCACCUACUAA